UAAAGAAUUUCUCAGCCUUGAAAUUCAAUACAGGCAUAACUUAGUGGAACUCCAUUUUGCCACUAUGAAGAAAAAUGGUAUUCCUUUCCUCUUGGGCAUCAUCUUCCUGGUUCUGAUUGGAGUUCAAGGAACUCUAGUAAUGAGGAAUAGACGCUGUUCCUGCAUCAGUGCUGGCCAAGGGACCGUCCAUCUACAAUCCUUGAAAGACCUUAAACAAUUCGCCCCAAGCCCAUCCUGUGGGAAAACUGAAAUCAUUGCUACGAUGAAGAAUGGAUACCAAACAUGUCUGAACCCAGAUUCAGCAGAUGUGAAGGCAUUGGUGAAACAGUGGGAGAAACAGGUCAGCCAAAAGAAAAAGCAAAAGAAGGGGAAAAAAUAUCAAAAAAACAAGAAAAGUCUGAAAGUUAAAAAAUCUCAACGUCCUCGUCAAAAGAAGACUACAUAAGAGACCAUUUUGCCAACGAAUAUUUUGUGUUAAAAAUGUUUUGCAAUAAUACUGAAAUAAUUUCAAAAGGGGAUGGCAUCUAAUACAAAGGAUUGCUAAUUUGAUUAGAAAAUUUAAAGCAUUAUUAUGAAACUGUAACUAAAGCUAGAAAGUUGAUUUUAAAAAUCCAAAUGUUAAGAAUUGUUAGAAGCUAUAGUUGUCUUUAUUUUCUACCCCCAACCAGCUGAAUUUGACCGUGAUUAAGACCACAAUCUCAGUAACACCCACAUCUGGACAGAUGCUCACACAGCCACAUCCCACACAUAGCAGCUGUCUGGGAACGCAGCCUUAGGCUUGCUGGGCCACGGAACUGCAGCCUCCAGAGAGUAUUCCGAGGCAGGUGUCAGUAAGCCCCUGGCCUGUUAGCUGCUGGCCAGGCAGUGUGGAGCUGAGCUGGACCUCGCCAGGCUGCCUCGGCAUCAGCAUCUGCAUUUGAAUCAGCCUGCGGCCCUCGCACACAAUGUGUCUGAGAGAUCCAUGCUGCUUGUUUGUGGGUGUCACCACUGGUAUCACCAUUGUUUGGCUUUCACAGCCUCCUUUCUGGCAUUUGAAGCAGUGUGACUCCACCCUGCCUGCCCGGGAUGGCCACUGUGUUUCUUGCCGUUCCCCUUGGCUUCAUUCAGGCCAGCUCUUCUCCACCCUCCCACGAUCCAGCGCCUGCCGCUGGCCACUGCGCACGUCGUGUUCUACCCCUUUCUCACCUCUUCCCCAGCACCCCGCAGGAAUGCUGUCUUCUCCCCACCCAUCCUCACUCAGUCUAGUCCUCAAGGCUCACUUCAAAUCCUGCCUCUUGAAUAAAACCUUUCUGGACACUCACAUUAUCUUAAAACUCUUAUUUCACUUGUGUUCAGUACCACAUGGCUGAGCACUUGAUCGUUACCUGAUUAAUUUGGGGUGUUUAUCCUAGCUCUCCAACCAGAUUGUCAGCUCCUUGAGAGCAGGGGCGACAGUUUAUGUCCCUGGAUCUGUCACCGUGCCUGAUAAUACUGUGGAACGAGGUUUUCAAUAAUCUCUUGAUGGCAGUUGUUCCAGGUCGGAGGCCCUGGCGGUUUCCUGGCUGACACGUGGGCCAAGCCCGUAACCUCUUUCACUCGUUAUCCUCAGGCCACCAGCACUGCGGGGCCCAGGGAUGAUGCAACAUCCUGUGUUGCUAGGACAGGAUGUUAACUUGGCUUCUCCAACAAAGAGACAGCACGUGUUUAAAACACUUGUGGGUGUCCUGGACUUUCUUUUUGUACAGGACACCUAGAAUCACCAGACUCUUACAAUAAAAAGGGCUUCGGAGAUCAGCCAGUGACCACCCUUUCCCCACUCAGUACAAAACUUUCUUCAAUACCACUCCUGACAAGCCUCAGUUUUCUAUGAUCUAACGAGAUAGCCACCAAGAUCCUUUCAAAUCUCAUUUUAGGCGAGUAUGGAUUUUAUUGUCAGUUUAACUUGUUUCGGAGUUUGUAUUGUGAUUAUCGAUUGCCACACCAGGUCUCGUGAAGAAAGGGAGCAGCAGUUUCUAUUAGUAGAGGGAUGAUUGGUGCCCAGUUAGCCUCUGCAGGACUUGGAAACCUCCUUCAAGAGGAGGUUCAGUGCAUUGUGUAGCAAGGGAGAUCUUUGGCCAGAAUGGAAACCUGUACUCACUUUCCCACAUUUUAUCACCCCUCCUGCUAUUGAUGAUUUUGAGUGCUGCCCAGUAGUGAUCCCACCGAAUGUCAAAUUCUAAAUGUUCCAUAAUUUGAAAGUCUGUAACCCAGCUACCUUGCAUCUCACAGUGACAGUGUCGGACUAAUAACCAAAGACCACAUGUUUUCACGAAGUAUCUAUGGGUAAAUAUACACACACAUACACACACACUAUAAUCGUCUAUCAUAUAUACAUGUAUACUCUAAAAGCAAAUAAUUUUUAAGUUCAAAGCAGUAUUGGCAUAUAUACCCUGUACUUUGAAAUAGUUUCUUUG